AUGUUCUCCAACGCGCUGAAGUCGUUUCAGUCGAACAUCUCGGGCAACUACACUCUCAGCGCCCAACCUACAUCUUACUCAGGACCAUGGAAGAUAUACGAUGCGAAGAAGAAGUCUACGGGCAAGGCAGCCUCGGUCUUUGUCUUCGAGAAGAAGUCGCUAGAACCCCCUGGCGGUGCAGGGCUUGGUGGUCGUUCAGGCGCAUCACAGCUCAAGCGUGCACACGAGGAGGUGGUGGAGAGGUUGAAGAAAGAAGCUAGCUCGCUGGCACGUCUGCGACACCCAAGCGUCCUAGAGCUCGCUGAGCCAGUAGAGGAGACUCGCGGCGGAGGUUUGAUGUUUGCCACGGAGCCUGUCACAGCAUCCCUUGCUGGCCUACUACAGGAGAAGGACCAGCAGGAAAAGGCCGGGGGCGUCGGUGGGCGCCGAAGCCGCUACGUCGUCGAAGAGUCUGAUGGACAGAAGCGCAGACGAGAGCUCGAACUUGACGAGCUCGAGAUACAAAAGGGGCUGCUGCAGAUUAGCAAAGGCUUGGAGUUCUUGCACGAGAGCGCUGGGUUGGUCCACGCCAACCUCACGCCAGAGGCUAUAUUCAUCAAUGCUAAAUCUGAUUGGAAGAUCUCAGGUCUCGGUUUCUCCACUCCCCCAGAGAACUCGACGAAGCCAACCUCCGUAACGCCCAUUUCUCUGUCCGAAGUUCUGAACUACGAUGCUCGACUUCCUAAAUAUGUCCAGCUCAACAUCGACUAUACGUCUCCGGACUUCAUCAUAGACGGUAAUGUGACGCCAGCUGCGGACAUGUUCAGUCUUGGUCUGCUGAUCAUUGCACUCUACAACUCACCACACCAAAGCCCGCUCGAGUUCAACGGAAGCAUGUCGUCCUACAAGCGAGCGUUUUCCUCGUCUUCAACGGUACCGAACAAAAACAACAACUUCAUGAGCUCGCAACCGCUACCGCGAGAUGUUGCAAACGGAGUGCUUGAUCGACUCAUCACAAGACGGCCAGCACAGCGCCUGGAUGCAAGGGAGUUCCAGCAAGCACAGUACUUUGACAACAUCCUCGUCUCCACAAUCCGAUUCCUCGACUCCCUUCCAGCGAAGACACCAAACGAGAAGUCGCAGUUCAUGCGUGGGCUUCCUCGAAUACUCAACCAGUUCCCCAAAUCCGUGCUGGAGAAGAAGAUACUUCCAGCUUUGUUAGAAGAGAUGAAGGAUCGCGAGCUACUGACCCUGAUUCUGCAAAACGUCUUCAAGAUCAUUACAAUGCUACCGUCAGGCAAGCGGACGUUCACCGAAAGAGUCAUACCCAAGCUACGAGAAACGUUCUUGGCUGGUGGUGCUGCUACUGCACCAAACGCAAAGGGUGGUACCCAGGAGCGUGAUAGCCUGAAGGAGGCAGGUCUUAUGGUGUUACUUGAGAACAUCCAAGUCGCGGCAGACAACACAGGCGGAAAGGAGUUCAAGGAUGACAUACUGCCCGUUGUCAAUUAUGCUUUAGAGUCUCCUACACACUCGCUCGUCGAUGCAGCGCUGCGUACACUUCCUGUUGUCCUGCCAAUCCUCGACUUCUCGACAACCAAGAACGAGCUUUUCCCUGUCAUUGCAACAAUUUUUGCGAAGACCAGCAGCAUGGGUAUCAAGAUCCGUGGACUAGAGGCCUUGAAGACUCUGUGCGGCGGCGGUGGUAACGACGACCAGAACGACUAUCAGGGCGAUGGUCUGACGGGCAUGGUCGAGGCUCCAAAACCGAAGAGCUCUAGUGUUUCCAUCUUGGAUAAGUACACGAUACAAGAGAAGGUGGUGCCGCUGCUCAAAGGCAUCAAAACUAAGGAGCCUGCUGUUAUGAUGGCUGCCCAUGAUGUCUUCAAGGCCAUAGCGCCACAAGUCGAUAGUGACUUCCUCGCUAUGGAAAUCCUUCCUAUCUUAUGGCAAUUCAGCUUGGGACCCUUGCUCAACCUCCCGCAGUUCCAGGCUUACAUGACAUUGAUCAAGUCGACUUCAGCACGCGUUGAACAAGAGCAGACACGGAAGCUACAAGAGCUCGGCGCCAACAACACCACAGCUACCUCAAGAAACGAAUUUAUGAGUUUCGGCGGCCCACCUGCGUCAAGCGCCUUCGACUCCUCAAACGGCGGUGACGACACAAAUUUUGAGGCAUUGGUACGGGGAGGUACCCAGGGUAGGGCUGGCGGUUCGGAUAUGCUUGGAGGCGAUCCAUGGGCCAACGCUUCAGCAUCAUCGGCCACAGCUCUGCCUUCUCGACCCGCAAACCGCGCCAACACUGCUUCACCAGCCCCAGCAACCUUUGCAUGGUCCACACCGCCCGUCUCUCCACCCCCACCGACGAACCUGUCUGCACCUCAGGGUAACCGCAAGGCCAUCACACCAGACAACACGUUCUCCACUCUCAACUCUUCUUUCCCAGCCAUGAACCCCACCAACCCAGGUAUCGGCAGCCCGACAUUCUCUCAGCCGCCAAGCAGGCCUACAAUGGGCAUGAACAGCAUGAUAACCCAACCAACAACGGCACCCUCAUACACUGCGCCUAAUUCAGGUAUCGACUGGAGCAAAGCGAACGCCUCGUCUACAUCAGGCUGGGGCAGCUCGUCUACAUCCAAUACCACGUCUAGCCGUCUCUCGAAUUUCUCAGUCAUAGCUCCCUCUCAGCCCCAACCGCAGCGUCAGGACAACACUGCGAGUCCAUAUUCGAGCUUCAGCAUCGCACCACCGCCUAUGAAACAUGCGAACAACGGGACGUUCAGCAUAGCGCCACCUCCGAGUUUGGGUGCGAGCAAUAGGAGCACGAGUGCAAGUGGAGGACUAAGUAUGAACAGUAUGGGCGGUAUGAAGGGCGGUAACAUGAACAGUAUGGCAGCAUUGAGGGCGCAGACGCAGACUCAACAGAGUCAGAGACCACCGAGCCAAGCACCGACGAAUUGGGGGAACGGCAGCGACAGUUUGAUAUAA